UUUAAAUCAAUCUCUUUCUCUCUCUCUCUCUCUCGUAUAUAUAAAUACAAAUAUAUUCAUUUUUCUUUCCUUAGAUCACCGGAGGAGUAAACAAAAGUAACGACGGCGAAUUAAGCUAGGGUUCCGGUGAAUAUGGCGUCGGAAGAUGUAGUCGGUAAAACAAGCGCAACGAUCGCUAAUAUCGCCGAAGAAGCUAAGAUUGCUAGUGAAGGUGUUAAGGCUCCCAGCCGUCAAACUUUGCUCGGAAUCUGUAAAUCGCUUGUCGCCGGUGGUGUCGCCGGUGGAGUAUCACGUACUGCCGUCGCUCCCCUGGAACGUCUAAAAAUUUUGCUCCAGGUUCAAAAUCCUCAUGCAAUCAAGUACAAUGGAACAAUCCAGGGACUAAAAUAUAUAUGGAGAACAGAGGGUUUGCGCGGAAUGUUUAAAGGCAAUGGCACGAAUUGUGCUCGCAUUGUCCCAAACUCUGCUGUCAAGUUCUUUAGCUAUGAAGAGGCGUCAAAGGGAAUCUUGUGGCUGUAUCGGAAGCAACCUGGAAAUGAGGAUGCUGAACUCACCCCUCUCCUACGCCUUGGAGCUGGAGCUUGUGCUGGAAUAAUUGCCAUGUCAGCUACCUAUCCAAUGGACUUGGUUCGAGGACGGAUUACCGUCCAGACUGAUAAAUCUCCUAGCCAGUAUAGAGGAAUUGCACAUGCUCUUAAAACAGUACUCCGUGAAGAAGGCCCACGUGCAUUAUAUAAAGGAUGGCUUCCAUCAGUCAUUGGUGUUAUUCCAUACGUGGGGCUGAAUUUUGCGGUAUACGAAUCUUUAAAAGACUGGUUGGUGAAAUCAAGACCAUUUGGACUAACUGAGGACGCAGAGUUGGGUGUGACAACCAAGCUUGCAUGUGGCGCGGCAGCAGGAACUGUCGGACAGACAGUUGCUUAUCCUCUUGAUGUGAUACGCCGAAGAAUGCAAAUGGUUGGGUGGAAAGAUGCAGGUUCAGUAGUUACUGGGGAGGGCAAGUCAGCACUUGAAUACACUGGAAUGGUUGAUGCAUUCCGGAAAACUGUUCGUUAUGAGGGUUUUGGCGCUCUGUACAAGGGUUUGGUUCCCAACUCGGUCAAGGUGGUUCCAUCGAUAGCCAUUGCUUUUGUGUCGUACGAGGUGGUUAAGGAUGUACUCAAGGUAGAUAUGAGGAUAUCUGAUUGAAACAAACAAUUAUAUUUUUAUUCACCAUCUGUGUUAGUUUUGUGUGCAAAAGGGUAAGGAGGUAAAACUACGAAGUUUUUUUUUCUUUCAUCUCUUUCAUUUAUCGCUUUGGGGAACAAAGCGAUUUAGAACUAGCCGUUGUUGAUAUAGUGGAGACGUCCCUUAUACGCACCCAGACUCCAGAGGACAUUCUCUGUCAGUUAUAGCCCAGUUUAUUUAUGAUUAUUGUUAUUGUAUGUAUGAACAGUAUGUAAUAAGGAUUUCUCAUGGGUUGAAAAAACAGGGAACGACAUAAUUCGUUGAUUAGUAUUUAACAUAUAAUAGAGAGCUAAUGGAGUUUUAUGUUGAUUA